AUGGUUGUCUACUGCUGCAUACGCCCAUCCCUCUUCAUCUGGCCAGCCACGCCCAGCGUACGGCUCCCGCGCUAAAGCAUGGAAAGAAACACGGCACCAUCCUCCGGCCGCCGGCCCUCUAGGGCGAAAAGAUGUUUCCAGCUCUCGCCGUUUGUCUCCUCGCCCACUCACGAUGUCCCUCAACUCCCCUCAAGACCAUGUAUGAUCAGUGGAAUAUGGAUGCGGGGUCUAGACUAGGUUGGAUAGACCAACAAACCCGCGGAUAUUCGUGACAAGGCUGAGCUUGCAAAGCUCGGCCAGCUACUGACUACUACUACGCCGCUUGGCGGGAGCUGGUGCGAGUCCCUUCGCACCGGUGUAUAUAGCUUUCAUUUUCCCAUCUUUUCGCCUUUCUCUCUCUUACACCAUCUUCCAUCUAUCCCCCCGGCCCUCCUCACACGCUCACCCUUGCUGUCGCUCUCCCUCCCCGCUGGUCCCCUACCCUCUCACCCGCUUCCCAGCUCUUACAGCCCGACACUCUUUUGCCCCCACUGCCACGCCCCUCUACCGAUAUUCCUCUGGUUUAUGCUCUCUCUCAAGAGAUUUAUAUCUAGCACUCGCCGUAUCUUGAUUCGCGCCCGACAAACCUCUUCUACCACCGCCACUGCCACACCCUUUGCAAUCCACACCAACACCGUCAUGUCCGACGACGCUUCCGACACCUCCUCCAUUGCCAGCGCGUGUGAGACUUGGGAGAUGAUCACCCGCUCUCCUUCGCUCCUCCACGAUGACUUUGCCUCUUUCCAGUCCGAUACAUCCUCCUUUGACUGGUCGCCUUUGCAUUCUCUGGGAUUCAAGUCUAGCUCCUCGAUUAACACCGUUGGGAAAGAGAAAAAGGGUCCGGGAAAGAAAAGCUCUUUCAAAAUUCUGCGGCGUCUCAGCCACGAGAAGGAAGACAGCUCGAAAUCAGAAUCUUCUUUCGUGCAACCGCCCAACAGGAAAGGCUUCUUGAAGAGCAUCAAGAAGAUCAAUCGCAAGAAGGGCAAAGAUAACAAGCAAUCGUAUGAUGACGAUUCUAUGCCGGCCUCGACCCCCGCAUCUUCCAGUCCCCCCAGGCCGCACAUACAACCUAGGCGCGUAUCAGAGGACAGUCUCUCGGGCUUUGAGCUCUGCUCAAUACCUCGCACUUCCUUUGACGUAAUGAGUCGGUUUGACGACGCCGAGGACGACUCUUCCUUCAUGGAUACCAUCCCCAAGCUAUACUUGAGCUCUCCUUCUACUGCCUCCCAGCCCUCUCCAGUGCAGCCCACGACUCCCAACAGUCCGGGGGAUGAGGAGCCUCAGCAGAGGCCGGAGAUAGUCCCAAUGAUUAACUACGCCCGCCUGGAGACCAUUAUGGAAGUGUCCGAGGAUACUUUGGAGUCCGACGACGCCCCAGUUCCACCGAACCCUCAAGCCCCUGAUACUGCUGGCACCUACUCACUCGAUGCUUCUACCUAUACCGACGGUGCCGCCGGUGUCCAGUCCGAACCCAUCUUCUUUGGCAGCCGACACGCGCCGCUCCCUGCCGGGCAUCUCGCUUCUCUGGCGUUCACCCACAUCCUUCCUCAGGGCUUGAUCCCUCUGUAUGAGCUUCAAAUUACUUGGGUGCCGAAUGACGUCCGAUUGCCGGCUUCUCGGCUCAACGUCACCCGCGGGUACGGAUCUCUUAGCAAGCUCGCCGAUGCUUUGUUCCAAGAGUACCACGAAGGGUCAACGCCGUAUCUCAAGUCCCUCCUUGCCGAUUUCCCCAAAGCCUACGACGGUCCCACUCUGCCGCAAAAGACAGAGUAUCGGGCAGAACGGAUGCAGCACUACUUUGAUCUUCUGUUUGGUAUCCGGACUCGAGGCGAAGAGUAUGUGCUCGACAAUGUGUACAUUAUGCCCGAGUUCUUCGCUAUCCUGCACGGAGAUGUGGCAGAGAGGAUAACCAGGGAUGAAGCCUGGGGAGAAUGGGAGUAUACCUUGGAGAGAAGGAUAGAUAUCGAGCGGUGGGAGCGUGCGAACAGUGGUCAGGACACUGUCCAACGUGUUCCGGCAUCUCUCAGCAACUCUGUUCCCCGUGAAAGCACCCAGUCUUUGAGGACGUCUUCUAGUGGUGAGAGCAAUCGAUACUCCAGCAACUCUGCUCCCGGCGAGGAUAUCCAGUCUCCUACCCGAUCAAAAUUGGUCGAGUCUGGAUAUUGGGAGAAUGAACCUUCUACCGACACGCCCCCAUCGCGCGAGAUCCUCGACAGUGAAGAAUUCACAGAUCUCAUCGAUUCUUUCCCCUUGCACAAGCAGCACAAGCCUGUCGAGGUCCGAGUUAUUGCGACUUCAGUACACGCGCCAUCAUCAGAAACCCCUAUUCGAUGCAGCUCUAGCGCUACUGCCCUUUCCAUCGACCCUUCGGCCAGUCUGGAGGUCUCUUCAGACUUUCACUCUCCCUCCUGCUCCUCCGACAAGUCUGGUCUCUACGAAACACCCAACAGUUCGGUGACAGACCUGGGAGAGUUUGCGGGUACGGGCAAGGCGGACGAGCAUGUGCGCCAUGUCGUGGUGGCUUCCAAAGCUCUGGCGACUUUCAUGUCUAGCCAGCCGACUCCCGAAAAGCUUGCUCUGGGCGAAGAAGGCGUCAUCUUUAUCGACCUCACCACCCGAUUCUUCUUCAACACUAUCCCUGUGCUUAUCAGCACCAAAGAAUCAUGGCGAGAGUCGCUCGUCCGUAUCUACUCGGCUCUUCGCUUGCCUUUCAAUAGUAUGAGUCUGAAAGGGGACGUGGAAGUGCUGGGCGCUAUUCACCUGGGGGUGCCACAUGAUGAAGAGGUGGAGCUGAAGAGCAAGGCGGAUUUGGAGAGGUGGCUGGGGAUUGCUACGGAGAAGAGGAUAUGGGUUGAGGACUGGUGACUUCUUUAGUACAAGUGUUGUUGGAUUACGGCCUUCUCGAGGUAGCAUUUAUUGUAGCUUGUUGUGUCAAUUUCAAUCUCUUCAUCGGAUAAUUUUUCGUUUCUUCAUUACAUGUCAGUCAUUCUAAUAAUCUUUUUGGCCCAUAGAUAGUACACAGAGUAUAUAGGCCAAGGUGCGAUUUGAACGCCAUCACUCUAAGGACGCUUGAGCACAAUCGUUGGCCAAGCCAAAUUCUGGUCCCGCGAGUAUAGGUCCAUACCGCCACUGCAAAUAUCUUGAAGCACGCAGCCAUGCAGCAAUCACGCACGCCAAAAAGUCACGUUGAGUGACGCUAAAG